AAAACAUUACAAACAACAAAAUAAAAUAUACUGCUUCGUACGUAAUUGGCCUAAAACUUUAUAGGAAACAGAAAGGUGUAACUUCGUAUUAGCUCGCGUUGUAAAAGGAGGGGGAUGGAUGUGGCAUCUCUAUGGACUUAUAGUAAGCACCUCGGGAAGUUCAAGGUCUGUCGCAAAAGAAACAGAACUUUUUAAAUAUAAUUGUGAAAUAAAAAGCUUGAUCUCUUGUUGACAUUUCGUAAAAAUUUUAAAACAAUUGGCUACCUACAAUCGAUGUUAUGACCAGUAAAGUGACAGCAGCUUUUGGUCAUCGGUCGUAAAGUGGAAAGAGCAAAUAUUAAAUUUUGUUUUAAACUUGGGAAAACGUUUACUGAAACAUUUCAAAUGAUGAAAAAAGUUUAUGGUGAUCAGUGCCUAUCCCGUAGUAAUGUGCAUAAGUGGUUUAAGUGAUUCCAAGAAGGUCGUGGGGACCUCUGUGACGAUCAGAAGUCAAAAAUAAAGACAAUGCUGAUUUGUUUUUACGAUUCCGAGGGUAUUGUACACCGAGAGUUCGUCCCACCUGUCCAAACGAUUAAUGCUGUGUUUUACCUUGGUGUUAUGAAGCGUCUUUUGUCACGCAUUCGUUGUGCUCGACCACAAUACCGUGAGGCAGGGUCCUGGCGCCUGUUGCACGAUAAUGCGCCGUGUCAUUGGUCGACGCCUGUCACUGGUUUUUUGACAAAAAACUCCAUAUUAACCAUUAAUCAUUCACCCUACUCACCUAAUCUGGCACCCUUUGAUAUUUACCUAUUUAGAAAACUUCAUUUGCCCAUGACAGGAUACUGGUUUCACGACAUUUCAGCUAUCCAAAAGGCGACGACCUAUGGUCUCCAGAGCAUUCCGAAAAAUGAGGAUGGAGUCAUGUGUAGAAGUUCAUGCAAGUGAGGAAAGUUCUCUGAUCGCCAUUCACUUGGAAGUGGACAGAAACGAUUCUUUUACAUAUGACUCAAGCAGCUCACGACUUCCGGUCUUUGACCAAGUAUCCUCUGGGUAGCCUAAGAACAUCCGUUUGAAGGCGAGCUAAAGUGAGAAGGCGAAAUAUCACCUACAUAGGGUUGUGCGCUGGGUUUGGGACCCGCCACGUAAAAAAACACCCCCAAUGAAUAGUAACAACCAGCUUCGGAUGAGAGACCCCCUUUUGUUGACGACCACGGCAAACGAAAUAAGGACUACGAUUUAAGGGCAUGCACCUGGAAUGUUCGGUCCUUAAGUGGGAAGGUGUCGCUGCCCAGCUGGUUGAUGUCCUCCUGAAAAUAAAGGCUGACAUCACCGCCGUACAAGAAAUGCGAUGUACGGGACAACGACAACGACGAGUAGGUCCUUGUGGCAUUUUCUACAGUGGCCAUAUAAAGGAGCGCAAGUUUGGUGUGGGAUUCGUGGUGGGAGAGAGACUCCGUCGCCGAGUACUAUCAUUCACUCGGGUGAAUGAACGUCUAGCCACAAUCCGCAUCAAAGCGAGGCUCUUCAACAUAUCGCUGAUCUGCGCCCACGCCCCGACGGAAGAGAAGGACGAUGUGACCAAAGAUGCCUUUUAUGAGUGCUUGGAGCGCACUUAUGAAAGCUGCCCCCGCCACUAUGUCAAAAUCGUGCUUGGCGAUUUUAACGCCAGGGUGGGCAAAGAAGGUGUCUUUGGCACUACGGUCGGUAAAUUCAGCCUCCACGACGAAACAUUCCCAAAUGGGUUGAGGCUGAUCGACUUCGCCGGGGCCCGAAAUAUGGUUAUCUGUAGUACUAAAUUCCAGCGUAAGAAAAUUCAUCAAGCUACCUGGCUGUUUCCGGAUCGAAAAACUAACAACCAGAUCGAUCAUGUUGUGAUAGAUGGAAGAUACGUCUCCGAUGUUUUAGAUGUGCGUGCGCUCCGAGGUCCUAACAUCGACUGGGACCACUAUGUUGUUACAGCUAAGAUUCGCAUCUGCCUCUCUGCAGCAAAAAACGCAAGCCAACAAACACAAGGAAGGUUCGACGUCGAGAAGCUGCAAUCACAACAGACAGCUGAACGAUUUUCUACUCGGCUUACACUCCUGCUCUCUGAGAGCACUCGUCAACAACUCGGUAUAAGGGAACUGUGGGACGGCAUUUCGAACUCCUUACGUACAGCUGCAACCGAAACCAUUGGUUUUCGGAAAGUGCAAAGGCACAGCUGAUACGACGAGGAGUGCCGUGUGGCAGCGGAGAGAAAACAGGCUGCCCCCCUUGCACCGUUACGAUCGACCACAACACGUGCGGGAUGGGAUAGAUACAGAGAGUUGAAGAGGGAAGCGAGACGCAUUUGCAGACAGAAAAAGAAGGAGGCGAAAUGCGUGAGUACGAAGAGCUUGCUGGCCGACAGGGGUAAUGCUCGAAAAUUCUACGAACAAAUGCGGCAUCUUACAGAAGGUUUCAAGACCGGAGCAUACUCUUGUAGAACCCCCAAAGGUGAUCUAGUCACUGAUGCCCAGAGCAUACUUAAAUUAUGGAGGGAACACUUCUCCAGCCUGCUGAAUGGCAGUGAACGCACAACACCAGGAGAAGGAGAACCCGAUUCCCCAAUCGAUGACGAUGGAGCAGACGUUCCAUUACCCGACCAUGAAGAAGUUCGUAUAGCAAUUGCCUGCCUGAAGAACAACAAAGCGGCAGGGGCCGACGGAUUGCCGGCCGAGCUAUUCAAACACGGCGGCGAAGAACUGAUAAGGAGCAUGCAUCAACUUCUUUGUAAAAUAUGGUCGGACGAAAGCAUGCCCAACGAUUGGAAUUUAAGUGUGCUAUGCCCAAUCCAUAAAAAAGGAGACCCCACAAUCUGCGCCAACUACCGUGGGAUUAGCCUCCUCAACAUCGCAUAUAAGGUUCUAUCGAGCGUAUUGUGUGAAAGAUUAAAGCCCACCGUCAACAAACUGAUUGGACCUUAUCAGUGUGGCUUUAGACCUGGCAAAUCAACAACCGACCAGAUAUUCAUCAUGCGCCAAAU